UGAGUUAGAAGCGAUUAAUGAGUUGAUUAAUAGAUUAGAUACUAAUGAAAAAGUAAAAGAUUUAGAAGAUUGGGCGGCUCUGAAAACCAUCCUUACUCAGCAUAAGGAAUUAGCCCGAGCCAAGACUUAUUGUUUUGUAGGAACAAUUGUUAAGAAAACAAAGGAAAAAUUUCGAGAAACUAAUGAGAAUUUAGGAGUAAAAGCAGGCGAUGAAUAUAUUAAAUUAGAAUUAGAUCUGAAAUUAUCAGGCAAUAAUAGAAAUUUGAUUAUUUACUGUGCUUGA